ACACUCCCCAACUUUGAUAUAGAAAUAGUAUUUUAAAGGAAGAAUUAAUAUUCAAGGAAGAAGAUUAAAGAAAAUAACUCACAACUUACAAAUUCAAUAAGCUUCAAAGUAGCAAAACCAAGAUGGAAGAGUUUAGCUCCUCAUUUGGAGACUAAACAUGAUGAAAAUAUAAAGAAAGAACUAUUCUAGACUGAGCUUAGAAGUAUAAAGGAAUUGGAUAUCUAAUUGUGAAGGAAAGGGGGUGUAUUUAUAGGCUCUUGGGAUGCAGCUCGGGUACCCGAUCGGGUAUAUACAAGGUACCCGAUCGGGUAUGUGUAAAAUGCCAGAUUCGAGGUAUACUCGAUCGAUUAUAGGCUAAAUUCUAUAGGUAUACCCGAUCGGGUAUACUCUUAUACCGGAUCGAGUAUGUGUAGAAAGUGAUAUUCGGGCUAUACUCGACCGGAUUUGGGAUUAAACUUAAGGGCAUACCCGAUCGGGUAUGUCGGUCUACCCGAUCGGGUAUAGACACUCGAUUGUGGUCAAAAUCUUCCUUGCAUGUUCCUUUGUCUUCGGAUCUGAUCCGAUUUGAAAUUUCAACAAGAUACCCGAUCGAGUAUAGGUCAUACUCGACCGGGUAUAGAUCAAAAAAUCAGGAUCUUCUUUUUUCUUUUAAUUUUGCACCUUCCUUCCACUUUUGAGUUUCACCAAUUGUCCUUUGAGUUGAUCAAGACCUGUUUGAACUCAGAAUAAACCUAAUCUAAACAAUUUACAAGAAUUUAACAAACUAAACUAUUACACCAAAAGUGUCUAAUUUCCAAAGUAAAAAUCACUCAAAACUAAUUAAAAAUACAAACAUACACAUGGAAAUUACAUGAUUAUCAGGCUUCCCCAAGCAUUCAAAAUAGAGAUUUUUCUCUCAUUUUUUCUGCAAAUUUUGUUUCCCAUUCUUUUAAAGUUGAUAUUCAAAAACAAAAACAAGAAUGAAAAAAAAACUACAUACCUUUGCUUGGGUUGCCUCCCAAUAAGCGCCUUAGUUAACGUUACGGUACGAUGUUAUUUUCUCUACUUCAAUCUUUCAUGUUCGGGUCAUGGUAACCCAUCCUCUGCACAUUUCUACCCCCGGUGACUCUUAUAGAAGAGCUUAAAGAAAACACUUAACUAAACUGAGCUAAGAGUAUAUGUGAAUUUGUUUUUUUAAUGUGAAGGAAAAGGGGUGUAUUUAUAUCAAAAUGGAGGUGGUAGGGUGCUAUACUCGAUCGAGUAUAUAGGAUACUUGAUCGAGUACAAAAGGUAGUUUCCAGGAAACUGCGAAAUAUAGGCAUACUCGACCUAGUAUUGAGUGAUACUUGGUCGAGUAUGAGACCGGAUUUCCAUCAAAUAUUCAGCCACGUUCUUUUGCUCCCAGAUUUGAUUUUGACCAGCGUAUCCCGUCAAUACUCGACCGAGUAUUGGCAAUACUCGAUCGAGUACUGAACGAAUUUCAAAAUCUUCAUUUGAUCUUCUCCCUUUUGCACAUUUUUUGGUCUUUAGGAUCCAUCCUUUGAUGCUUGGGAUGAUUUUGACCUGUCCUAAGCUCAAAAUAAUCCUAAUCUAAAUAAAUUACAAAUAAUUAUGAAAAUAAAGUAUUACACCAAAAGUGUGUAAUUUCCACAACUAGAACUAAUAAAAACUAGUUUAAAAUACAAACAUACAAUCGGAAAUUACAUGAAUACAGUGGAACUGAAAAAAUUAUGUUGGCAAGCUGGUAGCACUCCCACAGAACAGGAAUUUCACGACUGUAUGGAACAAAUACGAGGCAUAAAUGAGAGUGCCUUUCUAUAUUUGAAUGAGAUUCCUGUUGAGAUGUGGGCCCUGAGCUAUGACGAUGGCAAAAGAUAUGGCAUUUUGACGACAAACCUUUCUGAAAGUUUUAACAAUGUCUUAAAUAAAUGCCACACAUUGCCUAUCACAACACUCAUAAAGGCCACAUUCGAUAAAGUCGUCCAAAUAUUUGCCGAUCGACGAAAUGCGGGAAUAAUGUGGCACCAAGCUGGUUUCUUGUAUCCACAGAACAUAUGGAAGGAUGUUCUUGAGCGGUCAUAGCGUAGGUAUCACACAACUAUUGUCCCGCACAAUCAAACAACAAGAAUUUACUCUGUAGCUAUUGGUUCGCAUGAUCCAGUGACAAUCGAUCUGACAAGGCAGGAAUGUGGGUGCGAGUAUUGGAAGCAGAACGGGAUGCCAUGUGUUCACACGUAUGCGGUUUGUCGGUUUUUAAAAAUACCCGUAGACGACCUCAUCCCAGCUGUGUAUUCGUUAAAUGCCUACAUCCGGACGUACGCUUCCGAUAUUAUGUCUAUUAAUAAUUACCUCAAUGUCAUGGCAGAAACACCGCAUACACUUCUCCCGCUCACAAACAAUAGAUCGGCUAGAGCCGGUAGGCCACAGAGAACUCGAUUUACUAAUGAAAUGGAUUUGCGUGCUACAAGGAGAGGACAUGAGUAAUAAUGUAAUGUAUACCUUGUCGGUUUUUUUGUUUUGCAUCCAAUUACUAAUGAAAUAUUUGUUCUCUUUUUCAUUGUAUCUGAAGUUUUUGUUCACAUAAAUUCCAUCAAAUAAAUUUAAUUAGAAAAACUUGUCAGAUAAAAUAUAAUCAGAUAAAAUUUCAUCAGAUAAAUAUCAUCAGAUAAAUUUAAUCAGAUAAAAUCAAUCAAAAAAAUUUGAUAAGAUAAUUUCAAUAAGAUCAAAUUUAAUCAGAUAAAUAUAAUCAGAUAAAUUUUAUCUGAUAUAAUUUAAUCAAUCAAUAUUCUCGCAAACCAUAUCUGUACAAAAAUAAAGUGGCCCAUAAUUCAAUAAUGUGUCGGAUCUACAAUUGAAUACUCCCACCUAACUCCGCUAAACAAACACAUUCUAUACUAUCCUAACCGUUCGAAGAAGGCGCGGAUCACAAUCUAACGGUCCUCCUCCAGUCGGAACUGCCAAAUCCGACUGGGAGGCAUCUCCAUGACCAGCUUUAAUCUUGUGCUCGUACUAAUCUACGCAACUCCCAACUCUAUUUUUUUUAUAAAUAGAUUCUAAAUCAAUACUCAUUCCUACAUCAAUACUCAAUCCCAAUUUUAUCAAUCUCAAGCAAGAGUACUCACUACCAAAUCAAACCUUUAAGAUCAGCCAAGUUUCCAGGUUCGUUAAUUUUUUGUUUUAGGAGCGUAGAAGUAGUUAAUUUAGUAAUUUGUAAAUUUUUAAUUUAGAUUGUGAAAUUGGACUUUUAGAGUAAAGUUUAGCUAUAAAAUACUUGAAAGUUAGAAAGUGUGUUACAUUUAGAAUUUACCUUAAAUUUCGGGUUUAGGAGUGUAGAAGUAGUUAAUUUAGUAAUUUGUAAAUUUUUAAUUUAGAUUGUGAAAUUGGACUUUUAAAGUGAAAUUUAGCUAUAAAAUACUUGAAAGUUAGAAAGUGUGUUACAUUUAGAAUUCGCCUUAAUUUCGGUUUUAAGAGUGUAGAAGUACUUAAUUUAUUAAUUUGCAAAUUUUUAAUUUAGAUUGUGAAAUUGGACUUUUAAAAUAAAAUUUAGCAAUAAAAUACUUGAAAGUUAGAAAAUGUGUUACAUUUAGAAUUUGCCUUAAAUUUCGGCUUUAGGAGUGUAGAAGUAGUUAAUUUAGUAAUUUGUAAAUUUUUAAUUUAGAUUGUGAAAUUGGACUUUUAAAGUAAAAUUUAGCUAUAAAAUACUUGAAAGUUAGAAAGUGUGUUACAUUUAGAAUUUGCCUUAAAUUUCGGUUUUAGGAAUGUAGAAGUAGUUAAUUAUGUAAUUUGUAAAUUUUUAAUUUAGAUUGUGAAAUUGUACUUUUAAAGUAAAAUUUAGCUAUAAAAUACUUGAAACUUAGAAAGUGUGCUACAUUUAUAAUUUGCCUUAAAUUUCGAUUUUAGGAGUGUAGAAGUAGUUUAUUUUGUAAUUUGUAAAUUUUUAAUUUAGAUUGUGAAAGUGGACUUUUAAACUAAAAUAAAAUUUAGCUAUAAAAUACUUGAAACUUAGACAGUGUGUUACAUUUAGAAUUUGCCUUAAUUUUCGGUUUUAGGAGUGUAGAAGUAGUUAAUUUUGUAAUUUGUAAAUUUUUAAUUGAGAUUGUGAAAUUGGACUUUUACUCUUUAAUUUUAACUUUUUAUUAUUUAUAAUAGUUGAAAUUGUACAUGUUUAGAAAUUCUGUUAAAUUUAAAUAGUCGAAUUUAAGAUUUUAAUUUCGCAAUUAUAGUUAUUUCGAAUUUCGAAAUUACUAGUUAUUUUGGUAACUUUUAAGAUUUUAAUUUUAGAUUGUGAAUUUAGAGUUGAACUUAGCUAUAAAAAUCUAGAAAUUUUGAAAGUGUGUUAGAUUUAGGAUUUGAGUUAAAAUUCGAAUUUAUGACCUUACAAGUUAUUUUAGUAAUUUUUAAAUUUUUUGUGUGAGGUUGUGAAAUUGGAAUUUUAGAGUUCAACUUAGCUAUAAAGAUCUACAAAUUUAAAAAUUGUGUUACAUUUAGAAUUUGAAUUCAAAACUAUGAAUUUAUAAAUUGUGUUCAAUUUAGAUUUAGAGUUCAAUUUCGAAUUUAGUAAUUUAUAACUACUUCUUUUAGGAAUUUCAAAUGGACCAAAACAUUCCGCGCCCAGGGCCUGUUAACCAUUCACUACUCACGUUGCCACUACGUGCCCAUCGUGCGGACCGUGUAUGGUAUGAACCAAAUUUCAAACACUCGUGCUUGAAAUGCGUCAGUUGCCCUUCAGCUGCAUUCAUAGAUGAAGAGCGAGAUCAAAGAGUGAUACAUAUGUUAGCAUAUGCUAGCUUCUUGGGGGUAGAGCACAUUGCCCGUAUGAAGGUGGGUCAUAGUUUAAUAUGCGCUUUGGUGAAGAGAUGGAGGUCGGAGACACAUACUUUCCAUCUUCCAUUCGGUGAGGUCGGCAUUAGUCUACAAGAUGUGGCGAUCAUCCUUGGUUUGUCCAUUUGGGGUAAGCCCCUCAGUGGUCCAGCCGUUAAGGGUAAAGCUCAGUGGAUCGACCUGUGCACGCAGUUGUGUGGUUUCACUCCUCUAGAGAUUGAUAUGCGCACGAGUGAUAUCACCAUGAGUGUUGUUACCUGUCACUCGAUCCUACCGGACAGUAUAGACGAAGAGGUCACCGAACACACCAGAACUCUAAUAUGGCAAUUGCUUGAAGGUUUUUUGUUCCCUGACAUGAGUGGGACAAGAAUACGAUUGUAGUUUUUGGAGGUCUUGCAGGGUGACUUGGCUUUAGCCCGUCUAUAUAUGGAGUUGGGGAUCAGCGGUUCUCGGGUACCUCUACCAUAACUUGUGAUACGGCGCCAAGUGGGAAACCAAACAAGUUGGCUGAUGUAUGCACUUGUUACAGAUUUGGGCUUGGUCGAGGAUUUCGAUGGUCCGUCCCUGAGUACUUCAGGUCAUUCAACACGACCAUCUUCCAUAUGGGUGCAAGUGGAUCGGCCCCAAGUCAUAUAAGGGAUCCCCAAGACACUGCAUACGCUUGUACCGGGAUGACCUAGACCGCAUGAGUGAGAGUCAGGUAGUACUUGAAAUUUUUACUUCAACCAUACUAUUCAAUUUUCAAUACAUAUUGUUUUAUAGUUCUUAAAUUGCAAGUUAAACUUUUUACAGUUUGAUUUCACUCCCUACGCGUCCGAGACACUCCCACCUAUCAUCCUUAAUGACGCUCCGCUUUGGUCGGCUAGGGUCAUGCUCAUAUUUUGCAAUAUGGCCGAAAUGCAUUACCCCAAUCGAUUUCUUCGGCAAUUCCAUAUAAGAUAAGAUACUCCGAAUGCUCCUUUGGUGGGUACUGAUAAUCACGGCAAUCGUUCCAACAUAGUAGCCGGUGCCUUGGCGUUGUGGGCGGACAUACAACAUAAUAUAUACUUUCUUGAUUUUGAUCGACAUAUGACCCUCGAAGCAACUAAUAGGUACCGAAAAUUGUACAAGAAGCAUGGUAUGACACGUGUCAAGAACCCUUCUCACAAUGUGCCCACAAUAGGCUACACCCCGACAGCACACGUUUGGGGUAUUGCGGUAAGUUUUGGAAUACAUACCAUAUUCAUUAACAUAUAUCGUGUCAUAUUAUUUACAUGUGUUACAUUUUUAUGCAGAAGCAAGGCAUUCACGAGGUGUAAGCUCUUAGCCGACCGCGCGAGUUAUGAGGACUGUCAAAAACGACUACGGUGGAUGGCCCUGGACGUAGGUGAUGAAGAGAUUCUCCACCGGGGCAUAUUCCAUUAUGAUCGAAGAUGAAGAUGAAGGUGGAAGUGAUGAAGAGGAUGAUGCAGAUGAACAUGAAGGUGGGGGUGAGCACUCACAAUCACCCUCUCAAUUCUCAACACAAGGUGUCUCAUUUGAUCAACCACCCCCUCAAUUCUCAACGCAUCAAGGUGUCUCAUUUGAUCAACCACCGUCGUAUUAUGAUUCUUAUCAGUACUCCACACAAGCGGGUGAUUAUGUUGAGUCAUUUCUGAAUUCGUCGUUUUACUAUGGAGACACAACGGGGCCUUGGAACACUGGCGGUGGGGACGGAGCAGGGCCGAGCACGCAAUGUUAGAUGUAAUAUUAAAUUUAAUAUUGUAUGUACUCUCUAUUCAUUAAUAAAUUACAUUGAA